AUGAAGCCAUCACGCACCCUUCUGCUUUUAGUCAGUGUGGCCUGUUUGUUUCUCUUUGCAGAGGCUGUGAGCCAAGGAGGCUUUCAGGCUUUUUGCAGUGACUAUGAAAAACCAGCUACGGAUGGAAAACCCUGUCCAAAGAUCCACAAACCAGUGUGUGGCACUGAUGGGCGAACUUAUGAAAAUCGCUGUGAAUUCUGCAAAGCAGCUAUGGAAAGAAGUGGAAAGCUUGGUUUCAAACAUGAUGGGAAAUGUUGA